AUGUUCAACGACUUCACGAUACCCAAUGCGGGUCGUGUACGUUGGCUUUGGCCGCGAGCUCCCUUGCAGCCCUCCAGCAUUCGAGGGCAUUCCUUGGUUUUGCAGUGGUUUGACGUGAAGGAGUACCCCAUUUGCCGCACCGUGCGCGGGGUGCCCGAUCGACCACGCAAGGGCGAGGAUCCAGAGGACGUGCAGAAGGCCGUGGCCCGCGUGGAGGCCGCGGUCAAAGCGCUCGAGGUGGAGGGCGUGCCGCGGCGGCGCAUCCUCCUGGGCGGUUUCGGCAUGGGCGGCGCGUUGGUGCUGAAGACGGUGCUCCAAUCCCGAGAGCCUUUUGCUGGAGGCGUCGUGUGCAGCGCAUGGUUGCCGUGCGCAGAGGACUUGGCAGAGAGCUUGAGGGAAGGUGGCAUCACGACGGAGAUGCUCUGGUGCCAUGGCGCCAGGGACAGCGUGGUGGAGCCUGUUUUGGCUGCGCAACAAGCGAAGAUGCUCAAGGCGGGGACGAGCGGACGGACAUGA